AUGCGAGUUCUCCUCGGGCCAUUUUCAUAUGGAACCAGAGCAACGCUUCCCUGUCAGUCUAGUCCUACAAACCGGCACAGAAAAGGCGCCUGUCAGCGAUUCAGCGUAGCCGCUUCCAGUUCCGCGGCUGGGUACAGUACCGUACUGGCAGAAUAUCUGCAUGUCGGCCUGGUUCUGCCAGCCACUUCUGGUCCCUUAUUGGUUGUACGUUUGCCACCAGUGCCUGGUACCUGA